AUGUUAUCUUCCAAGAGGUGGUACAGUAUACCAGGAUUAUUUUCAAUGGCCUCAUCGAUUUCCAAAUGGUCAUCAUUCAUAGAUGCCAAGUUGAAUCUUGUUGUUGAAACGUUCAAUUUCAAAAUUGUGGAAACGAGACAACGAAAAAUGAGUCAACAACAACGAACAACCACCUCUUUCAAUUUCAGAUCGGAACACAUCGCUGCGUCUUCAUCAGCAAACAACAACAACAACAAGUCAGCAACCAAUGAUUCCUCUGAUGCAUCAGCUGGUACUAGUAACAACAAGAGCACUUUCAUGAAAUCUUCUCUUCACCAUGGAGAUCAAAGAAGAACUAGUAGUUCCAAUCAUCAUCACUCCUUUCAUUCUUCUUCAAGUAAUAGCAACCAUUAUCGUAAAAAACUAUCCAAUUCUGAUGUUCAAGAAUAUCUUUCAUCCAUUGCUAGUACUUGUCCAAUUGUAGAUAUUGGAAUUAAUUUAACCAAUCAUCAAUUCAAAGAUUCUCAAGAGACCAUCUCUCAAGUGUUGAAGAGAUGUCAACUCGUUCAAGUCAAGUGUGUCAUUCUCACUGGUACCUCUCUUCGUAAUUCACUUGAAUCUCUUUCUUUAAUAUCAAAAUUUGAAAAUCAUGAGAGUGGUGUGAAAUUAAAGUGUACGGUUGGUAUUCAUCCACAUGAUGCCAAAUCCUUUAAAAACAUUUCAGAGUUGGAACAAGUCAUUACCUCUCCACAACACAAUUCCAGCAUUUGUAUGGUGGGUGAAUGUGGAUUGGAUUACAAUCGAAUGUUUUCUCCGAAACAAGUUCAAAUUCAUUGUUUUAAAGAACAAUUAAGAAUGGCGAUUCGAUUACAAAAACCAAUAUUUUGUCAUGAAAGAGAUGCUCAUUCUGAUUUUGUAGAGUGUGUUCAAAGUGUCAUGAAAGAAUUUGGAAAUUCAACUUCUCUACCUCCACUUGUGGUUCAUUGUUUUACUGGAACUAGGAAUGAAGCAAAGAAAUAUAUUGAUAUGGGUUUCUAUAUUGGUUUAACAGGAUGUGUCUGUAUGGAGGAAAGAGGAAAAGAAUUACGUGAAAUUUUACGUGAUGGAAUCAUUCCACGUGAUAAAUUAUUAAUUGAAACAGAUUCACCAUUCAUGUUACCUCCAUUGAGUGGAAAUGGUCACAGUGUUUGGAAAUAUGUCACGGGUGGUAGAAGAAAUGAACCAUGUUUGUUACCACAUGUAGUGAAUACCAUUGCAGAAUGUUGGAACAUGACAGAAAAUAAGCAAGCAUUGGAAAAACAAUUGACAGAGAAUACGGCUCGAUUUUUAAUGAUGGCUGAUGUGAAGGAGUUGAUUGGCUCCAAUCAUUGA